GGCAUGUGUGGCCCCUUCACUUUUCGUCAUCACUGGGAAUCUGCCAAUAACACUGACCAAGCCUGAAAUCAUUCUUUGUUCAUGAUGCUGGGUGAAUGACGAGCACUAACACCAACACCAAGCCAUCCGUGUUAUCGACCGUCCUAUCUACGUAUCGCCCGCCAAGAGAUCGCGACGUUGCCGAAUCAAGUCCACCAAAACGAUCAAAUCCACCCCCCGUUUAUCGACCGCUCCCGAUUUGCUCCCCUCGUUUGACCAGCUCCCUGUGACAAUCCCUUUCUGGGCUUGAAUCUGUGUCAUUCUUGAAGUCAGUCGAGGGAUACACACGCCAUAGCCCUUCAUUGUGGGGGAGGGAGAUCGGCCGAUCAGGUUUCGGAGUCCUUCGGCGGUUCGCGAGUCCGGAAAACCAAACCAGCCAUCACGAUGGCCUCGUCGGCCGACGCGUCGAUCGCGGAGAUCCUAGAAGAUAUUCAACUACAUGAAGUGAUCCUUCAGAGUUUAGAAGAAGAUCGACCGGAUGCAGUUGAAGACAGACAAGAUACUAUAAACACCAUCAAAGCCUUGGAAGCGCGCCUACAGCAGCUUGGAGGUUAUCCCGCUGGGACCCGGUCCGCUCGUUCUCCGUCUCCCCCGCGAGAGUCAGCCAACUCCAGCCUAUCCGCGGCCCAGCUAGAUGGCGCUCCUACUUAUAGGAAUUGGAAUGCUCGUGGUUAUUCCCUAGCGAAUUCGCCCUCGUCAGCGACUCCGCGUCCCCGACCUCAAAAGCGUCAGCGUCCUGAUGACGAUGACAAUGACGAUAGCGAUGACGGAGACUAUGGUAAUGACGGGAAUGAGGAGGAGGAGGAGGAAGAAGAUGAGGAAGACUCAGAUGAUGAUCUGGAGGCCCCGAUCAGACGAUCUAAUGGACGAACCAAGCGACCGCGUCAUACUGGCCCUCAUUCUGCGUCCAACCACAUUGUAUCUGACAAUGAUCUAGAAGAUUUUCUCGCAGGCAAUGACGAGCUACGCCAGCUCUUGGGCUUUGAUAGCAGCGAGACUAUCCGGGAAAUCCAAGAAGAGCAGAGAAAGGCAGAGAAAUGGCUCGAAGAACGCCGGGAACAAGAGCGUCGUGACGCUGAAAUGGCCCGCCGACUCAAUGGCUAUGUCCCUACGCCGCCUCGGCCGUCCCAGCCGUCGUACAUGCGGAGCACUAUCUCUCACUCCUUGAGGUCUACUCCGCCCGCGCAUAGGGCCCGAGAAGAGGAGCGGAGGGCAGAAGAAUGGCACGAUGAUCGGGCGCGUCAUGACACUGUACUUGCUCCCCGACUAAGUGGCCACGUUCAUACAUCCUCUCACCCGUCAUCCUCGCGAAGCACUAAUUCUCACUCCUCGAGGUCCACUAUGCCCGCAUCUGGGGCUAGUUCUUCGUCCGAUAGGACCGUUGUAAGGGACACGGUCCGAUACCCCCAGAUUCAAAUGCGGCCCGCGGCAUCAGAAUCUUCCCACUCGCGCGCAAGCUAUGCGACUGGCUACAGCAGGAUAGUAGCGCAGCCUUCGCAUGAUGGCGAUGACAGUGAUAUCGCAGAGAUCACCUCGGAUGAUUUUCAACGUGGCGUCCAGAAUUCUCCCACUCGUCGAGAACGUCUUCCAAUGAGCUGGGACCACUCCUGGUCCUCUCGGGCAUACCAAGGACCUGAUCAAUAUCCUCAACCUGCUUCAAGAGCGCUCUAUGUCCCAUCAUAUUCGCCGAGUGGUAUGGAAAGACCUGGGCCUGUGUUUGGACCCCACGUGAUAUCCAAUACAAUGGCGAGGCUCAAUGCAGGCAGAGAUAUGCUACAACAAGCCGGAAGGGCCAUUCUGGGCAGUCAUCCCUCAUCUGCAAGUAGCGCCACAUACGUCGAUCUAGAUGAUUACCAAGGUCCGGGGGGCUACGAUAGAGCCAUGGACUACCUCAGUGACUACUACGGCUCCACCGAAGAUCCCAAGAAGACACAGGAGGAGCUUCAAAAGCUGCUCGAAGUCAUUCGGCCGGACGCUGAGAUCUCUACGGAGAAUCGCGAAGGGACUCCCGCAGGUCUCCGGUACACGCUCAUGGAGCACCAGAAACUGGGGCUGUCUUGGAUGAAGUCGAUGGAAGAAGGCGAGAAUAAAGGUGGAAUUCUUGCGGAUGCCAUGGGCCUUGGGAAGACCAUCCAGGCCAUUGCCCUUAUAGUGUCCCGGCCAUCGAACGAUCUCGAGCGAAAGCCAACCCUGAUUAUUGCCCCAGUUGCUUUGGUGCAGCAAUGGAGGCGAGAGAUCGAAAAGGUGAUCCGGCCAGGGAGGUAUCAACUCUCAGUCUACGUACUGCAUGGUGAUAAGCGAUCCCGCAACUACAGAGAUUUGAAGCGAUACAAUGUAGUCAUCACCACCUUUGGCACCCUGUCGGCGGAACUGAAGCGAAAGCAAAAGUACGAGGAAAUGGAGAAGCGCGACCCUACCUUGGCCAGGCAAUACAUGAAGGACCUGCCUUGUCUGGGGCUGGGCAGUAAAUGGCAUCGGGUCAUCAUUGACGAAGCGCAGUUCAUCAAGAAUCGGAAUGCAAAAUCUGCGAUUGCAUGCUGCCAGCUCAAUACCACCUACCGUUGGUGCAUGACAGGAACUCCGAUGAUGAAUAAUGUGGAAGAGUUACACUCCCUGCUUAAGUUUCUACGCAUUCGUCCCUACAGCAAUCUUGAAACAUUCAAUCGUGACUUUACUCGUCCAUUGAAGACCGCUGGUACCGAAGCACGUCAGAAGACAAUGCUGCAACUCCAAGUCCUCUUGAAGGCGGUCCUCUUGCGACGGACUAAAACCUCAACGAUAGACGGCAAACCGAUUCUACAACUGCCGGCUAAGACCACCGAGAUCGUGCAUGCUGUUUUCAGUGAGGAUGAGCAAGAGUUCUACAAUGCAUUGGAGACACGCAGUCGACUUGAAGUCAAUAGGUACCUCGAGAGAGGCGCUACAGGGCGGGACUAUUCUAAUAUCCUUGUGCUGCUUCUGCGGCUUCGACAAGCAUGCUGUCACCCUCACCUCAUCAAGGAUUUCAGCAUUGACGUUAGUACAGCCACGGAGGGUACGGAUCUCAUUGUGAACGCGAAAGCAUUUAGCCCCGAGGUUGUGAAUCGGAUCAAGAACAACGAGGAUUAUGAGUGUCCAAUCUGCAUUGAUGCCGUCGAAAACCCCGUGAUCUUCUUCCCUUGCGGCCAUGGAACUUGCGCGGAAUGUUUCUCAAGAAUCUCCGAUCCAGAAGUGGCCGUAAGGAACGGGCAGGAUGCGGCCGAGAUCAAGUGUCCGAACUGUCGCGCCAAGGUCGAUCCCAAAAAGAUCACCGAUCAUCGGUCAUUCAAGAAGGUACAUUUUCCCGACCCGUCCGACGAGACAGAUGAAGCGGGCACGGCCGAUCCUACGGAGGACGAUGCAGAUGACAGCGACGACGAUAGCGAUGAUGAUAGCGACGAGUCCGGAGGCUUAUCCCGUUUCGUUGUCAAGGAUGAGGCCGACGAUGGAGAAGGUGCGCCCAAAGCCAAGGAGAAGGGGAAGGGGAAAGAAAAAGUCGCCAAGACAAAGAAGACCCUUGCCCAGCUCAAGAAGGAAGGUUCAAAGAACAAGAAGGCGAAGCUCAAGUACUUGCGUCGUCUCGAAAAGACCUGGAUCCCAAGCGCCAAGAUCGAAAAGACCAUGGAGAUCUUGCGAGGGGUCCAGAAUGGCGAAGAGAAAGAGAAAAUCAUCAUCUUCAGCCAGUUCACUUCUUUGCUUGACUUGCUUGAAAUCCCCAUCGCGCGUGAGGGAUGGCAGUAUCGGCGCUACGACGGAACCAUGAAGGUGGCCGAUCGCACCGCGUCUGUGGUGGACUUCACGGACGACCCUGACUGCCGGAUCCUGUUGGUAUCGCUGAAAGCCGGCAACGCGGGCUUGAAUCUGGUUGCUGCAUCGCAGGUGAUCAUCUACGACCCGUUCUGGAACCCCUAUGUCGAAGAGCAGGCAGUCGACCGAGCUCAUCGCAUUGGCCAGACCCGCCCUGUACAGGUUCACCGCAUUGUCGUGAAGGACACCGUCGAAGACCGAAUUCUUGAGCUGCAGGAUCAAAAGAGAGAGCUUGUCGAGGGUGCUUUAGACGAGAAAGCCUCGAAAGACGUUGGCCGACUGGGAGUCCGCGAACUCCGUUUCCUUUUCAAUAUCCGCUCGUGAUCCUCUUCUGCGUUCCUUUGUGCCACGGCGUUGGCGGGUUCUGAGCUUGACUUUCCUGGCCCCUUUCUGCAAGAUACCCCAGCCCUAGACCCUUUGCCUUUCUCCCUUUAUGUCCCCUCAUGUUUUUUCGAUCUUGCUAGCUGCCCCCCAGUUGGAUUCUUCCAAAUCUUUUCCCGCCAUCUCCCCAGUUCUUGUUUAGUAGCAUUCUACGUCACCCAAGCACGCUGUCGCUCCCCAAUCCACCCUCAGCACAGAAUUCAGAUAAAUCGCUU